GGAAAACACGAGGUCCCAUCCCCAUCCACGCCCAUGAUCCAUCCCGUAUCUCUCCAACCUGACCUGCACCUGCCACAGCUCUGCACCUGCACCUACACCCACACCCAGCUCGACACACCAGCGGCCUCCGUCCUCCGUACGCUCUUCUUUUCAUUCUCAACUCCCAACGCUCGCUCGCGCUCACAGCAUUGUUUUCCCACAUCUGCAUUUCAUCUGGUGUGCUGCUCAUCCCCCGACCAUCGGGCCAUUUCAUUACUACUGCAGACGUUGUGGUCCUCCUGGUAAGCAAAAUCUCAUCUCCUUCAUCUCCUUUCCAUUUGUGGCGGGUCUGCGCACUAUCCUCUGGCACUGGCACUACUGGCACUGGUCGCUUUUGCCUUUGCGUUGCUCUGGCUGGGCUACAGAGGCCCCGUCAGUCUAUAUUUGGACCGCAACAUCAACAAACCACCACGCUAUCAGCCGCCUCCCGCCCGCCUCGACUCGAGCUAGACGUCGUCCCAGCCUUCGUCCUAACUCACCCCAAUCCCAACCUAAAAUAAAACAAACGUGCCCUCACCCCCAACCCAACAGCAAUUCACUGCGAAUUGCCUCAUCGUGCCUUCGACCGGCUCGAGUCGUUCGCGCAUCCGCCCGAGGCCCCCUUCGUCAACAUCCCAACCACCAUCUCCGGAACCCCCUGCGGAGACGCCCAAAUUGUCCGAGGACGAAAGAUAUCGUGCAGCGGAUUGCAUGCAACUGGCCACGAUUUACCACUGGGACCACACACCACUGCCGCCCAGCCCCAGAUACCGGAAACUUGCAUUGGAGCUUCAAUAAUCGUGCUGACUCUUCACUCUGUGUGCCCAACAGACCGUUCCCCUCCUUACGAAGUAUCAAUCCACCAAACCUGCCUUAAUUCUAUCCUUUUACCACAUCGAAUAGCACAUUUGUCUGCUCCACCAGCCCAGAUCGAUCAUUAUACCUUCACUUUCGCAUUGCUUUAUCAGAUACAUGAUUUCUACACUAGCUGGCUCUAUCCUCUCCUGAGCUGGUCUGAGUAAUUGGACCAUCUCAACUUUCAACACAUUCUAAAUGCCUAAAUUUCCAAGGGCAUUCGGGCGACGAAAAUCCGUUGUCAAUCCUUUAGAGGACGGCGCGGAACCUCCACCCACAGAAUCCACAUUCAAGGUCUUCGAACGACCGGAUAGCAAUAGAAACAAGUCAUUCGAUGGGGGGCUCAAUAAAUUUGGAAAGCCUUUAAAUGGACCUCCAUCCCGUCCGCAAACUGCUCAUCUGAUCCAGGGAAACAUGUUCGAGAAUAUGGGCAAGAAUCGGUGAGUUUUCCCUAGGUCAAUGAAUGGAGACCACGCAAUAUCUAUACACCAAAUUUGGUAACUAUAAGCAUCGCUGACGGUAGCCCUGAAGUGGUAGUGGAGCUUCAAAUACGAACACUGCUUCCACAACAGACAAUUCCUCCAGACUAAGCGCAGCAUCCACCGCUCCCUCAUCUACAGAUGUGUCGGGGAGAGAUGAUUGGCGAACUACUCACUACAGACCUCCGAGUGAAGUCAAAUCCUCGAUACCAAAAUCCUCGUCUAAACUAUCGUUAAAGAAUGCGGGUCGUCAAUUGUCGUGGGGACGACACAAGAAUGCACCAACCCCAUCUCCUCCUAAGGAGACCAGCUCUCCCGUUACAAUUGAGGAAGAGGAACCUGUUGGUCGUGCUCGAGCUGUGACAACAUCCAGUUAUGCAAGCACUGCAACUCCUCCAAAGAUUGCUGGCGAGAAGGAUCUGGGGCUGGGGGAUUUUUCAGAUAUGUUCUCCGGAUUCGGGAAACGCAGAAGUCAGGCAGUAGAGGCCAACAAUACUCAAAAUCAAGUAUGUUCGAUUCACGAAACUUUCAAGAUAUGAACUAAUGAAUUUUUAGGACCGAUAUAACAACCAACCUGCUCAAUUGACGAUCGAUAGACAGAAGGAGGUCUACCCACCGGUCCCUUCCCCAUUUAGCCAGCAUUCCAACGACGGGUUAAUGCGCAACGCCAGCCCGCCUCCAGUUCCACAACAUAACACGAUGUCGUACAGCCGACCUCAGAAGCCGGGAGGACCAACUGAUGGGUUGAGGAGAAUUAGUGCAUAUUCAGCAAAAAGGCAAUCUACUCUCGAAUAUGGCGACGUUGUCGAUGAGGAUGCACGGCUUAUGCGAGAAUCGGUAAACGCGAGCCGACGAAUGAACAUGAACGAUCCCUCGUAUAAUACUGGGGCCAGAGAAAACUGGGCAAAUCCACCUUCUGCUCCUCGUCAAAUUGAUGAAACUGUCAACCAAAAUUGGAGAUCUGGCUCAGUCGAAACAACACCCAAAGCCAUGAAAGCCGAUCCAAGGGAGGAUGAUGAUUUGUUCGACAGCAACAUCCUCGUGUCUGCCACCCUGGCCCAACAAUUUACGGAGACGCCUCUCUCACCUCCACCUCCAGCUCGCAACACCGCUCAUUCCGGUCCGCCUGGGAGCAAGGUGAUGACUCCGGCACAAUUCGAGCGAUACAGACAAGACCAGGAACGACUGAGAAAGAGUUACGGGGGGCACUCUAGUACGGCUCAGGAUGACGACGACGAGGAGUUGAAUUACGACGACGAAGAAGACGAGACGGAGAAGAACAAACAGCUGGCCAAACAGCGUCGAAAACAAGAGGCACAUAUGGCUGUUUACCGACAGCAGAUGAUGAAGGUUACGGGCGAAAAAAGCUCUGGACCUGCAGUAACCUCUACACCGCUAAAUCGUACGAGUCUUUUUGCAGCUCAGAGCAGUCCCGAUUUGGCUUUGACUUUGGGAAAGCCGUCUGAGGAAGGUGAGGAGGAGGAUGAGGAGAUUCCACUCGCAAUCUUGCAAGCCCAUGGAUUUCCCAACAAGAACAGACCUCCAAGGGUGGCAUCGAACCCCAAUUUACGAGGAUCGGCUCAGACUGCCGCUGGCGGAGUCGUAGAUGCACGACUCCCUCCUUUUGCACGAAACUUGCCAGAGGAUCCUUACUAUGGAGCCGGUCUAGUUCACCACGCUCCCCGCGAGUCACUUUCCUUCUCUAACAACGGUGCUCAGUCUGUUCAUGGCGCAGCUAGUCCUGCUAGAGGCAUGCCACCACCAGGUGGUCUGGUAGGUGUCAUUGCGUCUGAAGAACGAUCUCGAGCUCUACGAAGAGGCAGUCCAAAUCCCCAAGGAGAGUUUCCUGCAAUGCCACCAGGAGGAUUUAUGGGCAUGGCUGGUGGACCUGGUGGACCAGCAAAUGGUAUGAUGGGUAUGAUGCCUCCUGGAAUGCAGAUGCCACCAGGAAUGCAAAUGCCCAUGAUGCCGAUGUUGACGCCAGGAGACCAGGCUCAAAUUCAAAUGACCCAACAGAUGCAGCAGUUCAUGCAGAUGCAGAUGCAAUUCAUGCAAAUGAUGGCUAGUGGAGGACAGCAACCGGCUCAGCAGCCUGGACCAGCGGCUCCACAGCUCCCACCCAUGAAUAUCGGCGGUGGGCAUAUGUCAAACCAGUCAUUGUCGAUACCACGACCUGGCAGCCCCUCGGUUCGCCCCGGAAGCGCCCACCAACAUCAAAGAGCAAUGACGGCGAUGGAUGUAAACUCGGCCCCUUGGAUGCAGCAGCAACACAAUCCCACGUAUGCACCAACUGUUCAUGCCCAAGGACAAGGUUACGCACCUUCAAUAGCCCCUUCGGAGCGAAGCAAUGUUGGGUUGCCUGGGAGAUAUAGACCUGUAUCGCAAUUGCCGACGGCGGAUAAGUCUAGGACCUCGACUAUGUCUGGCGCUCUAGGGGCAGGAUGGGAAAACAAGACCACCAUCAAGACCAUUCCCAAGUCACACCUGGAUGAGGAGGAUGAGGAAGAGGGUUGGGAGGAGAUGGCGAAAAAGAGAGAGAAGAAGAAGUCCAAGUGGAGGACCAAGAAGGACGCUAAUGGCUUGAAAGAAAUGUUGGGUUACACACCAUGAUGAAUUGACAGGAAACAAACGUGAGUUAGACUUUUUUAGUAAGAGAGAUGUGUUUAAUAGGCAUGGCAUUAUUGGCGUUCAGAAAACUUUGGAUCAGAAUUGGAUCACGCCCAGCGUUUCUUGGAAAAAAAUACAGCUAUGACUUGUAUAGUAAUAUAAUCAAUCCCAAGCCAAAACUUCACGUACUGUGAUUUUUUGGAUAAAUCGGUUCAAAGCGGAUCUUGGUGUCAUUUUUUUUUGAGUCGGUUUAAAUCGGUUUCUAGUUUUUUUUGUCUAACACUUCCAGUUUCCCCUUGCACUCCAUAACAAUAGGGACUUGAGUCAAAAAGAAAAGGCUCUCUCUCACGUUAUUGACAGCUUAAGAACCACGCAGAGAACUCCAAAUCAAGCAUGUAAAAGUCCCCACAAAACAUCAGAACCCCACCCUCAUUUACGCAACCAUCCCUAAGAAAACUUCCCCGCCGCCCACUCCCUCCGCUUCACCCCCAACUCCACAGCCGCCAAUCCCCAAUCCUCGCCAUGAUUAUGACUUCCCGACGUGAUGCCCGCUCGCGCCUUGGCCUGGUCCUCAUUCAGGACGGUCAAGAGGCCGAAGAUGAGGGGACAGCCGGUGUCGAGUUGGACGCGCAUGAGGCCCGUGGAGACGGCGUCGGCGAUGUAUUCGAAGUGCAUGGUCUCGCCUUUGAUGAGCACGCCGAUGGCGAUUAUGGCGUCGAAGGGGCCGGAGAGGGCGCUGGUGGCCUCGCCUGAGGGGGUGAGGGUUAGGUUUGUGAGGUCGGCUGUGGAGGUGGAGCCGAGGAGGUCGGUGGCGGAGAGGGAGGAGGUUUGGGAGGAUUGGAUUUGAGAGGCGGAGAAGAGUCUGUGGGUUUGGGGUUAGUUUGGUGGAUUAGGAGAUGGGUGCUUGAUGGUGGAGGUAUGGGGAAAGGGAGGGAACUGAGAGAGAAGAGGAGGGAUGGUGGGGUUCAGGCAGAGGAGGUAGGUUGGGACAGGUAGGAGUCAUACUUGGAACACGCAACGGGUAGUUCCCAGGAUCCGGGAACAGAUUGGACGAUUAUAUUUGAUUCCUUGACACCAGAAGCGAGGAGGUUGGCUUUCGUGCCGGCGAGGAGGGGGUCGAUGAUUGCUAUGGAGGGGUAAUUGUACGUUAGCAAACGGUUUGAAGAUUCCUGGGGAUUUUGCGCUGAGCAUCUGCCAAUAAGUCACGUUGUAUCUUGAUGAGUAAAGAGAAU